CCUUUUUAGAUGUGCAUUCAAGCUUACACAUCUCCUCUCAGUUGGCCCCUAAUUUUAACAAACAAACACACACAAAGAAAUAAAUACACGCACAUUUUAUUUUUUCUAUCCAUGUGGGCACCAGAAAUCCAUGUUCCCUAACCCUUAACCUACACUUAUACUGAGUUUAACCAACGCUAAUAUUAACUUCACAAACCUUAUAUAUACCAGGAUCAUGGGCACGCACGCACACACUUUUCUAAGCUCCCCUACCAGAACCAGCUGCUGCGCAGAGCUGUAGAAACAGGUGAUCCCCCUUAUUCGGUCCUAGCCUAGAUCAUGUGACCACAAAAUGGUGGAAGCUGUGUGCUGUUUGUAAGCUGAGCAUCUCGACCGAGAGAAAAGGAGAUACUGAAAAACAGGGGAGAUCCAGCUAGGGUCCAUGCGCUGAGAACGAGGGACAGAGAUUCCUGUGCCCCGUCAGUGGUCCCCCUGGGUGAUGAGGGAAUGGACCUGGCGUCUCACAGUAAGAUGAGCUCAGAGGAGGCAGAGGGCAGACCAGCCCCUCCAAACUCGCUGCCUCUGCAGGGCGUGGCCUCCCAGAGAAAAAAGCUCUCCGCCCCACGUAUCAGCCUUUCAUUGGACCAGAGCGAGGACGAUGCUCUGGAUACACCCGAUGACCUGGAAAUUAACGUGGAUGACUUGGACACGCCAGAUGACACAGACUAUCUGGACUACACAGAUAAUGAGCUGGAUUGGGAAGAACCCCCUAAAGCCAGUCGUAGUGCUGUGAAGGAACCAUGCGAGCCAAUUCCCACAUGCAGUGCUGAGGAGGAGCGUCAGGAUGCCAAGCUGUGGAGGGCUGUGAUCAUUGGAGAGCAAGAACACCGCAUCAACAUGAAGAUCAUUGAACCUUACCAGAGAGUUAUCUCCCAUGGAGGGUACUAUGGAAACGGAGUGAAUGCCAUCAUAGUGUUUGCUGCAUGUUUCCUCCCGGACAGCGACAGUGAGGACUACCAUGAGGUCAUGGAAAACCUCUUCCUGUAUGUGAUCAGCACAUUGGAGCUGAUGGUGGCAGAGGACUACAUGAUCGUCUAUCUGAACGGAGCCACGCCCCACAGGAGGAUGCCUGGACUGGGCUGGCUCAAGAAGUGCUACCAGAUGAUUGACAGGAGGCUCAGGAAGAAUUUGAAAUCCUUCAUCAUCGUCCACCCGUCUUGGUUUAUACGAACCAUCUUGGCCAUUACCAAGCCCUUCAUCAGCACCAAAUUCAGCAGUAAGAUUAAGUAUGUCAACAGCCUGGCUGAGCUGCAGGAACUCAUCCCUAUGGAAUACGUCCACAUCCCAGAAUGCAUCAUCAGUCUUGAUGAUGAGCUGAAGGAAGCGGCCGUGAACUCAACAGUGAGCAGCUUCCUCCAGGGACCUGAGCCAACGUCGGUGAGACCAGAAGCAGAUAGAACCAAUGCCAACAGCUCAUAGACAAAAUGGCGUUCAACAGUGGAUAUGGAUGUUUGUGGCUUCUCUCGAAAUUGAAUUUCACGUUGUUUUAAAACUCACGAUUGUUUCACAUGACAGACGCAGGAAGUCAGGUUUACUGUAAGGUAUGUUUUUCUGGAUGUUUGUCAGGUGUGGAGUUGAUUAGGGAAACACUCCAUAAUCCCUGUUAGCACUCAGACGUAGAUCCGCUAAGAACUCUGUAACAUCCAAUUACAACUGUACUGACAGGCCAUGCGUACGCUCUAGGGGUGUCUUAAUCCCGGACAUUGGGACACAGGGGUGAACUGUUUUGUUUUCUUACCAAGACACCUGCUACAGCUAAUCAUGGGUUUACCUGAUGAGGUGGUUAGUCUAAUCAAGUGGAUUAGCGCUAGAAUGGCAACAAAGCAAGCAGGCAAAUUUAUUUAAAUAAAACAAUUCAUUCAUAGAAGCAAUUCAGUGUGCUUUACAAAGAAAAAUAUAAAUAUGAAAAUACAAUAGAAAAACCAAUACUAGAAUAAAAACAAUAAACAACAAUAAAACAUCAUCACCAUAAAAAAGAGACUUGGCUUGAUGUUUCUGUGAGCUGAAGAAGAUAUGUGUCUGCUGAUGUUGGAACAAAACAUUUGCAUUCAUGCGAGUUUCCCUGGAACAUAAAAAUAAAAACUGGAUGACACUACAUUAAUCAUUGAGACUGUUAAUCCACGUAGAAUCAUAGUUUGUUAAGGGCAGAAUUAUGAUAUAGUCACCCUCAUUACACACCGCUUCUUAGCAUCAAAGUUUCACUGUUGUACUUUGGUAAUGUUGUGUAAGAAUGCAUGAGAAGCAGAGAAGCAAUAAUACUGUUCAACUUGCCCUUUAAUGUUAGUCCAACCGGGUAUUUAGACAAGUAAUUGUGACAACAUCGAUAAAUGGCCUCAUCAAUGACGCUUUGUCAAAAUCAGUCUCAUAUCCAAUCUGUGGCAUGAGAAAACCCAGUCACCGUAGGUAACAACCGAAUAACGUGUGCCGUCAAUAUUAUUUGUAGGUUAUUCGGAUCUUGUGUUUCAUGGAGAAAUCCAUCCAUGUUUUCACGUUGAAUAGAUCCGAAGUACAGCAGAUGCCAUGUGUAGCAACAGAAGUAUAUUUCAUGAUAUUUUCUAUGUGUGUAACUAAGUGAUGCUGUGUGAAAACAAGCUUACAGUACACCGUGAGAGCAUGUCCUGCAGCUUGCCCUGUGAGAGUUGCGUGUGCUGUGUACGUUGUGUGUGUGCGUGUCCUGUCAGCGCGUGUUGCCGUCAGAUCUCCUCUAUGUUCACCGUCUAGUGCUCUUGUCUCUUCAGCUCCUCCUGCACUUAACAGGAUAUGACCUCAGAUGGGGACAGAUAGACAGGAAGGUCUCUGUAAAGCACAAUAUUGCAUCCUGCGUGUUUGUUUGUAUCUGUGUGGGUGGGUGUGUGUGUGUGUGUGUGUGUCAAUGCAUGUUUCCUCAUAGAUAAUUGACUGCCUUCUCCAACAUUGUAUGUAAAAUGUGUAAAAAUAUGACUGAAUGAUGUGAUGAAACACUAUAUCAAUAAAUAAAAUUUUGCUCUGAGCAUUGUCAGUUGCAAUCA